AUGUCGAACGCUGGCGCCCCGACCUUCAAAACGGAGCCAACUCCAGCAAUCAAAUCGGAGCCUGAUACCAAAGAUAUCGACUCUCCGAUGCUAUCUGACGAUGACAUAUAUGAAGAUGCUGGUGAUUUGGAUUUUGCAAGUGCUGCGCAAGAUGUGUGGUUAACGCGAAUUCCAAAAUCUCUAUGGGAACAGUGGUCAAAGUUAGAUGACGAUGAAGAAAUACAGAUUGGGACUGUGAGGGUAGAAGGCCCGGCCACUGAUAUUAAAAGGAUCAGCCUCAGAUUACACGACGUUCCUCAGAAUGAGGGUGUGCCGAAAGAUUACAAUUUAAAGCGCCAAAAUAUCAACGCAGACCGGACAGCUUACACCGUACAAAAUACAUUUAUAUUUACGGAGAAAGAUCUUCCAGGGUACAAGGAUAGGACUCAUUUACUGUUCAACGAAAACCAGCCGCACGGUCGAUCAUACGUAUACGAGCAGAUGAAACGAGACUCGCGAAGGAAAGAAAAUAAAAAGAAAUGGGAACCAUAUGCGAGGAAGACAAUACCUAAACAAACAGCAAUCGCCGCGCGUGUCCACGAUGAAUUCAACUGUCUUCCUGUUGAGAAUGAAGAGUACCAGAAGAUAGCCGAGAAAAGAGCUUUGGAAGCACUCAAGCCUAAAAGAGAAACCAAAUUUAUUGAAAGAGUCACGGGUAAAAUGCUACAGCCGAAAACUGCUCAAGCCGCGGACAAAUCCAAUUUUAUUCAAGUUACGAAACCUGCGAAGGUACGAUCGCUGGACAACAAGACGGCUCGUAUGCCGCAAAACGAACUCCUGGACCUUAUAUACGCUUGCUUCCGGCGAUACAGAUACUGGCCGUUUAAGGCUCUCAGAGCUGAACUCCGACAGCCGGAAGUUUACCUCAAGCAAACGUUGGAGAUGGUUGCUCACUUGGUGAAAAGCGGUGAUUUCGCCAUGACGUGGGAGUUGAAGCCUGAGGCUCGAGAGGCAAAUUACGCCAAUGCCAUGGCUUAUAAUGGUGCUAAGCAAGAGCUAGCCCCGACCACACUGGAUGAAGGGUCCGAAGGAGAACCCACGGCGUCAGGUCUAGGUACGGAUAAUGACGACGAUGAAACGAAUAUUAAAUUUGAAUCAGUGGUUUGA